AUGGCAGAUUUGCCUUCUGCAGCGGCUCAGGCAAGAACAAUGAACAAGUGCCCCGCAUUGGUGUAUAGGUGUAAAGUGUGCAGAUAUGUUGAAAGUGACCCGAUUUUAAUGAAAAAUGUCAUUGAAAUUAUGAAUGAGUUGAAAAAUGAAUUAAAAGAUGUGAAAAAUGAGGUGCAAGUGUUGAAAAAUGAAUUAUUCAAAUCAAACGCGAAUAAUGAAACACCUUUGAGUUGGUCAUCGAUGACGAAAAGAUUUAGAGAGAAUACAUCAAAAUCAGUUGUUGUCGUGAAUUCGAAAGACGUAAAUGUCAAAACUGCUGAGUUGAAAAAGUUAUUAAAAGAAAAACUUAAGGAUGAAAAUGUUGAAAAAGUAAACACUAUACCAACAAGCAAGAAUAAUGGAAUCAUUGUGGUGUGCGAAAAUGAUAUGGAGAAAGAAAAAGUACGUAAAGCUGUUGAAAAAAACGUGGAUGAAUGCGUAGUGACGGAGCCUAAGAAGAAAAAUCCAAGAAUUAAAAUACUUAAUGUAGAGUUGGAAAGUGAUGAAGAAAAAAAUAGUGACGCGAUUAUUGAACAAAUUAAGCGAAGAAAUGAAAAUAUUUUUGGUGACUUCAGCAUAUUUCAAAAGUUUGAGCAUGUAGUUACUGUUCCAAGAAAAAACAAAGGAAAAAGAGUUCAAAAUAAAUACGACAUUAUUUGUUCUACCGACCCAAAUACAUUUAAAAAGAUUAUGGAAGCAAAAAAAAUAAAGUUUGGUUUUCAGCAAUGCAAUGUGGUCGAUGGUACUUAUGUUCCAAGAUGUUUCAGAUGUUACGGCUUCUUCCACAAAGCUGGUGAUUGCGAUAUUUGCGACGAAAAUGAGAACAUUUGCAUCAAGUGGGGUGGAAGAAAUCAUAAAAAAGCAAAAUGUACAGCAGAAGUUAGUUGCAACAAUUGUACCGAGUAUAACAAAAAAAAUAAGAAUGCGAAAUUAGAUGUAAAGCAUUCAAUUAUUGAUUUUGAAUGCCCAUGCUAUCAAAAGGCAUUUAAAUCGCACUUUCGAUGA